AUGUCCGAAGGUAGCCCAUUAAGAACAGUCGGUUUCGACGCCAGAUUCCCAAACCAAAACCAAACCAAACACUGCUGGCAAUCAUAUGUCGAUUAUCACAAAUGUAUUAAUGCUAAAGGUGAAGAUUUUGCUCCAUGUAAAGUUUUCUUUAAAACUUAUUCAUCUUUAUGUCCUGUUGAUUGGGUCGAAAAAUGGGAUGCUCAAAGGGAAGCUGGUAACUUUGCUGCUGAUUUAAAGAGUGAUUAG